AUGCGGCAAUCGGCCACAGGCCUGGGGACAUCGGCCACCGACCAGGGGACAUUGGCCACCGAGGGGACACUGGUCAUCGGCCUGGGGACAUCGGCCAUCGCUCUGGGGACACUGGUCAUCGGCCUGGGGAGAUCGGCCACAGGCCUGGGGACAUCGGCCACCGACCAGGGGACAUUGGCCACCGAGGGGACACUGGUCAUCGGCCUGGGGACAUCGGCCAUCGCUCUGGGGACACUGGUCAUCGGCCUGGGGAGAUCGGCCACAGGCCUGGGGACAUCGGCCACCGACCAGGGGACAUUGGCCACCGAGGGGACACUGGUCAUCGGCCUGGGGACAUCGGCCAUCGCUCUGGGGACACUGGUCAUCGGCCUGGGGAGAUCGGCCACAGGCCUGGGGACAUCGGCCACCGACCAGGGGACAUUGGCCACCGAGGGGACACUGGUCAUCGGCCUGGGGACAUCGGCCAUCGCUCUGGGGACACUGGUCAUCGGCCUGGGGAGAUCGGCCACAGGCCUGGGGACAUCGGCCACCGACCAGGGGACAUUGGCCACCGAGGGGACACUGGUCAUCGGCCUGGGGACAUCGGCCAUCGCUCUGGGGACACUGGUCAUCGGCCUGGGGAGAUCGGCCACAGGCCUGGGGACAUCGGCCACCGACCAGGGGACAUUGGCCACCGAGGGGACACUGGUCAUCGGCCUGGGGACAUCGGCCAUCGCUCUGGGGACACUGGUCAUCGGCCUGGGGAGAUCGGCCACAGGCCUGGGGACAUCGGCCACCGACCAGGGGACAUUGGCCACCGAGGGGACACUGGUCAUCGGCCUGGGGACAUCGGCCAUCGCUCUGGGGACACUGGUCAUCGGCCUGGGGAGAUCGGCCACAGGCCUGGGGACAUCGGCCACCGACCAGGGGACAUUGGCCACCGAGGGGACACUGGUCAUCGGCCUGGGGACAUCGGCCAUCGCUCUGGGGACACUGGUCAUCGGCCUGGGGAGAUCGGCCACAGGCCUGGGGACAUCGGCCACCGACCAGGGGACAUUGGCCACCGAGGGGACACUGGUCAUCGGCCUGGGGACAUCGGCCAUCGCUCUGGGGACACUGGUCAUCGGCCUGGGGAGAUCGGCCACAGGCCUGGGGACAUCGGCCACCGACCAGGGGACAUUGGCCACCGAGGGGACACUGGUCAUCGGCCUGGGGACAUCGGCCAUCGCUCUGGGGACACUGGUCAUCGGCCUGGGGAGAUCGGCCACAGGCCUGGGGACAUCGGCCACCGACCAGGGGACAUUGGCCACCGAGGGGACACUGGUCAUCGGCCUGGGGACAUCGGCCAUCGCUCUGGGGACACUGGUCAUCGGCCUGGGGAGAUCGGCCACAGGCCUGGGGACAUCGGCCACCGACCAGGGGACAUUGGCCACCGAGGGGACACUGGUCAUCGGCCUGGGGACAUCGGCCAUCGCUCUGGGGACACUGGUCAUCGGCCUGGGGAGAUCGGCCACAGGCCUGGGGACAUCGGCCACCGACCAGGGGACAUUGGCCACCGAGGGGACACUGGUCAUCGGCCUGGGGACAUCGGCCAUCGCUCUGGGGACACUGGUCAUCGGCCUGGGGAGAUCGGCCACAGGCCUGGGGACAUCGGCCACCGACCAGGGGACAUUGGCCACCGAGGGGACACUGGUCAUCGGCCUGGGGACAUCGGCCAUCGCUCUGGGGACACUGGUCAUCGGCCUGGGGAGAUCGGCCACAGGCCUGGGGACAUCGGCCACCGACCAGGGGACAUUGGCCACCGAGGGGACACUGGUCAUCGGCCUGGGGACAUCGGCCAUCGCUCUGGGGACACUGGUCAUCGGCCUGGGGAGAUCGGCCACAGGCCUGGGGACAUCGGCCACCGACCAGGGGACAUUGGCCACCGAGGGGACACUGGUCAUCGGCCUGGGGACAUCGGCCAUCGCUCUGGGGACACUGGUCAUCGGCCUGGGGAGAUCGGCCACAGGCCUGGGGACAUCGGCCACCGACCAGGGGACAUUGGCCACCGAGGGGACACUGGUCAUCGGCCUGGGGACAUCGGCCAUCGCUCUGGGGACACUGGUCAUCGGCCUGGGGAGAUCGGCCACAGGCCUGGGGACAUCGGCCACCGACCAGGGGACAUUGGCCACCGAGGGGACACUGGUCAUCGGCCUGGGGACAUCGGCCAUCGCUCUGGGGACACUGGUCAUCGGCCUGGGGAGAUCGGCCACAGGCCUGGGGACAUCGGCCACCGACCAGGGGACAUUGGCCACCGAGGGGACACUGGUCAUCGGCCUGGGGACAUCGGCCAUCGCUCUGGGGACACUGGUCAUCGGCCUGGGGAGAUCGGCCACAGGCCUGGGGACAUCGGCCACCGACCAGGGGACAUUGGCCACCGAGGGGACACUGGUCAUCGGCCUGGGGACAUCGGCCAUCGCUCUGGGGACACUGGUCAUCGGCCUGGGGAGAUCGGCCACAGGCCUGGGGACAUCGGCCACCGACCAGGGGACAUUGGCCACCGAGGGGACACUGGUCAUCGGCCUGGGGACAUCGGCCAUCGCUCUGGGGACACUGGUCAUCGGCCUGGGGAGAUCGGCCACAGGCCUGGGGACAUCGGCCACCGACCAGGGGACAUUGGCCACCGAGGGGACACUGGUCAUCGGCCUGGGGACAUCGGCCAUCGCUCUGGGGACACUGGUCAUCGGCCUGGGGAGAUCGGCCACAGGCCUGGGGACAUCGGCCACCGACCAGGGGACAUUGGCCACCGAGGGGACACUGGUCAUCGGCCUGGGGACAUCGGCCAUCGCUCUGGGGACACUGGUCAUCGGCCUGGGGAGAUCGGCCACAGGCCUGGGGACAUCGGCCACCGACCAGGGGACAUUGGCCACCGAGGGGACACUGGUCAUCGGCCUGGGGACAUCGGCCAUCGCUCUGGGGACACUGGUCAUCGGCCUGGGGAGAUCGGCCACAGGCCUGGGGACAUCGGCCACCGACCAGGGGACAUUGGCCACCGAGGGGACACUGGUCAUCGGCCUGGGGACAUCGGCCAUCGCUCUGGGGACACUGGUCAUCGGCCUGGGGAGAUCGGCCACAGGCCUGGGGACAUCGGCCAUCGGCCUGGGGACAUCGGCCACAGGCCUGGGGACAUCGGCCAUCGGCCUGGGGACAUCGGCCACCGCUCUGGGGACAUCAGCCAUCGCGCUGGGGACAUCGGCCACCGGCACGGGGGGGACGGCGGCCACCGCGGGGACGUCAUCGGUGGCCACCGAGGGGACAUCGCCGCCCGCAUCGGGCGCCUGCAGCAG